GCUUCUGUCUCAACUCCCACACCCGCUUCCUUAUACAGAGAAGCUGAGUUGUCGCUUCAUAAUGCCACCCAAAUAAUUUGUAAAGGGGAAAGAAAAAGUUUUAACAAAUAACAAAUUUUGUUCACUCACAAAAAAACUAGAAGUUCUUUAUACCCCGAUCUUCCAGUUGGUCUGUUCCAUCCAAAAAAAUCCCAAUCACUUAUUCGAUUGUGAUGACAAAUCCCGAAGACUCUGCACCGACGCAACAAAAAGGGGCGCCGGCGGCGUCGCCACCGUCUGCCCCUCCGGCGUCGGACGUGGAAAACCCAACGCCACAGGCGAGCAGUUUUGGAGUGUCGGAGAUCGUGAGCCGGUGGCGGAGGGAGGAUCUGUUAAAACGCCGCGUUUUGGCUCUCAGAGGAUUUAGCCUUAUCUUUUCAUUGCUUGCUUUCAUUAUUAUGGCUAGCAAUAAACAUGGCGAUUGGAAAGAUUUCGACAAGUACGAAGAAUUCAGGUACUUGUUGGCAGUAGCAUUUCUCUCCACUUUGUAUACGGGCGCCCAAGUUUUGCGACAAGUUCAUGAACUUUCGACUGGGAAAUCUGUGUUUCUACCCCAAAAAGCUGCCUUUAUCGACUUUAUUGGAGACCAGAGUAUGGCGUAUCUGGAAAUGUCGGCGGCAUCUUCAGCAGUUCCGAUGACAAACAGAAUGAGAGAAGGCUCAGAUUCUUCUUUUACAGACUCAUUGGCAGCUUCUGUUGUUAUGUCCUUCUUCGCCUUCUUCUCCUUGGCUUUAUCCGCCGCCAUUACAGGAUACAAACUCUCUACUUACCCUUAUAUUUAAUUUCUCUAAUUAAUUCCACUUUUAAUUUUACCUCUUAACUCUCCCUCUUAACCACCCUUUUUUGUUUUUCAUUAUAAUGUAAACACUCUCAUCAUUUCUUCAAUUUUUCAUUCAAUUUUCAUUAUUAUAAUGUGUAAACUUCUCAGUCA